CGCGCAGAGACAUGAACAGGUGUCAUACAUAGUGUGACUUCAAUAGAGACAAACUGCAGCAAGAGAAAAAAAAGCAAUUGGAAGGUAGAUUAACCAACGGAGAGAAAGAAAAAAGGACAUUCGUGAGAGAUGACUGACAAACGAAAGUAAUUAUAAAAUAAAAAUUAGUCAAAAAGAAAAAGAAGCAGAAAGGCAUUAAACAGAGGUAACAGAAGUAAAGGGAGAAAGAACUGUGCUGUUUUGGAGAUGAAGCAAUGGAUCCUGACAUGCCUAUUGACCUUCAUGCUGCAUGCUGGAUUAUUAUUGUCUGCUGAGACAGAAGAUAAAGUCCAGGUUAGUAUUUCAGGCAAAACAGUUACAAUCACUUGCCCUGUGGGAAAAGCGACAAUUAUGGAUAUAAAGGCAAACAAAGAAUUGACAAAGGAAGGCGAAUUUCAAUUUACAGAUUUUUCUGAUGAAAACAAUGGGAUGUACAAGUGUGAGAAGGAAUCUGAGUCCUCAGUUUACCUAUACCUAAAGGCCUACGUGUGUGACAAUUGCAGAGAGGUCUCCAUUCCUCUAGUGGCUGGAAUACUGAUUGGGGACUGCAUGGUUACUCUGGGAGUGGCUUUUGUCAUCUAUUUUGGAUGCAGAAAACAAACUGGGCAUCUACGAGAGGGAGGAAUGUCUAACGGAGCCCGAGCUAAAGGAAAGCAAGAAAAGCCCCCACCUGUCCCAAAUCCUGACUAUGAGGUGCUCAGGAAGGGCCAACGGGAUUUGUAUGAUGGACUGGGAACGGGAACACGUUUAAAGUGAAUUGUUGUAGUCUACUUGGAUAUUUGUGUUUUCCUUAUGCUUUAUUGAUGAAACUAUGAAUGCAUUUAAUAAUGACCAAUCUAGUGGGCAAAUAGAACCUAACCUUAUCUGUAGGUAUAGGUUUCACUGGUUAUAGCCAAGAUUGGCAUUUGGUAAAUACGAUAUUCCCUGAAAAUAAAACUUAUAUUAAUAUAAUAUCAUGCCCAGCACCUGAACAACCAAGUAGCAAGUCCGACACACCAGGAAUUACCCCACACAAUAUAAUCUAGUUUAGUAUGUUAUACUGCUCUAGCUGUUGGAAUUCUUUAUCCCUGCAGUUUGUUUCUUAGCUACUAGCCCUGAGCAAACUUUUGGGUUUCUAUUACAUCACAUGCGUCAGUUUCUUAUCGUAAAAAUCUUAUUUUGGAAAUACUGUGCAGUAAUACUUGCUUCCAAUAAAUUCCCCUGUCUCUCAUCUAGUCUCCUCCUUUUUCAAAUCUGUCUUAUUGUCUUUUUCAAAUCCUUCUUUCUCUCUCUCUCUCCUGCCUUCACCUCCCUCUGGUGCCUCCAUUUUUAUUACCCUCCCAGGUACACCUAUCAUCAUCUAACUCCUUUUCCGUUUCCUCCGUGCUUAUCUCCAAUGUCUUCCUCUGCCUACUCCCUCCUAUUCUCAGUGCCUUUUAGCCCUCUGCUGGACAUGCAUUCUGGUGUAUUAAUGCUGUGUGCUUUUCAGGUGUCAUAACUAAGUUUGUAGGCCAGUCCAUGGUGGAAAUACAUGAAUUUAUAACCCAGACUUACUGUUCUUCAUCACGAUGUUCUACCUGCUCUAGAUCCAUUGUUCACUGUACAUGUCCUGCCAGCAUGUUACAACCUCUUUCUGUACCUACUGGACUCAUAUUGUAAUAUGCUUUCUUAAAGAUUGUCCAUUUCAACUUCUCCAAGUAACCAAAACUUGUUUUUUCUUGGCAACUUUAGUCUGUAAGUUGAUACUAUAUUUUCAAUAAAAAUGACUUGAGGAACAAAA